UUGGCGAGCCGAGCACGACAUCAACAACGUCGCAUAAAUAGUAAAGCUACUUUACUUCAACUAACCUUCAAAACUUACUAAUUAUCAGAUAUUCACUUCAAAUCUCACACAAUGGCAUCUCCAACUACUCCGCUCGUCGAUCACAUCGUGAUCCUAAUCCCCCAUUCCUUCCUCUCAGCCCCGCCCUCUUGGUUCGCGGACUUGUUCCACUUCUACCCCGGCGGGAAACACUCCGACGGACUGACAGAGAAUACACUCGCACUCCUAGCCGAUGGCUCGUAUCUAGAGUUCAUCGCCUUCGUACCCGGCGUUGACCCCGCAAAACGUGCCGCACACCAAUGGGGCGCUAAGAAAGAAGGUACAGUGGUAGACUGGGCCGUCACUCUACCAUCCUCCCCCGAAGACCAAGAAAACCAAACCGAGGCACAAGACGGAGAGACCAAGGAACUAAAACAAGAAAAAACCUUCCGCGAGAUCCAGAAGAAAGUCCAAGACGCGCACACCGGUAUCAUAUACGGAGAUUUACGACGUGGCGGGAGGACUAGACCCGAUGGCACGGUGUUAAAAUGGGCCGUUGCGUUUCCGAAGCACGAGGGUGACGGAAGUCCGGUUGAGCCCGGGACUGUGCCGUUUUGGUGUCUGGAUGUUACGCCCCGAUAUCUAAGGGUUCCGUACAGGGAAGAGGGGACUACGAAACAUCCUACUGGUAUUGUGGGUGUUGCGAAAGUCGAGGUUUUGCCUGGGGAUGCGAAGGCGGUUGGGAGUGCUCGUGGUGUGUAUGAUGUGCUGUUAGAUAAGAAGGAUUCGGAGGGCUCGUGGGAGCUUGGGAGCUUGGAUGGUGAGAAGGUACAUUCUGGAGGUGAAGUCCGGUUGGGCUCGUCAGAUGGCUCGUCUAGAGUUGAGAUCUCGUUCUUUACGGAUGAUGAGAGCUUGGUGGGUAAGACGGUGGGUGGAAAGGUUGAUGAUGAGCAUACUCUUACGUUCCACUUGGUGGCUGCAUCCAAAUGAAGUGAGUAGUAGGAAAGUCUCUCUGAGGGAAGGUUACUAUUUGCAUAUUAAAGAUGCCUCGGGAGCAAUGAAUGAUGGUCCAUGAGUUACUUUAACAAGUUCCAUUUAUCGCUCAGUAGCUCAAUCAAAAGCUGUUACUGUUGCCCUUGACUCAAUUGUGUUUACUGUGUAAUUCUU